AUGGGUUCAAACGACACACGAUCUUUCACCGCCGAGCCAACCGCGCCGCCGCAUGGCGUAAAGCGCGCGCCCCACGACGUUGAACCGCUCGCUUCCCCAUGCAACAAGAAGCUCAAGUGCAAGGACCAGGACGACGCCGCCACUCAAGCAGAAACGCCCGCCGUCGCCCCGAGCCGCCGUCGCAGCGCCGCGUUGUCGCCUCUGAACGUUGCGUCGGCUGCGCAGAUCCGCCAGCACUUGAGUGACGUGCGUCGGGAGCUGUUCCUGCGGCCGCUCGUGGCCACAGUCUCGAAGCUCAUGUUCCACAAGCGCAACCACGGCUUUUUCAAUGUCCGAGUCGACCCGCUCGUCUGGAACAUUCCCCACUAUUUCGAAGUGGUGAAACAGCCAAUGGACUUGACGCUCGUGAAGAACAAGUGCAUGAAUCUGGAGUACGCGAGUGCGGACGAAUGCGCUGCGGAUGUUCGACUGGUGUUUACCAACGCGUGUCUGUUUAAUCCACCUGGACACGUGGUGCACGAAGCAGCGGUCGUGUUGUUAAAGGAGUUUGAGACGGACUUUGCCAAGUACCAGGUCAAAGUGGACAGUCUGGCCACACGCCGCAAUGACCACUCGUGUCUCUACUGUCUGGACAAUGUCUGCAGCAUUUGCAAGGAAAAGUGCGUGACGUUUGAACCACCCUUUGUCGUGUGUUCAGGUGCCUGUCGACAGCGCAUUAAGCGCAAUGCCGUGUAUUACAAGAGCUCAGAUGGACACUACCAUUGGUGUACCAAGUGCUAUGCUUCGUUGCCGAAGAUGCUUGUGCUGAAGACUGCUUCUUCUAUGACGAUGAAGCUGAAGCAGGAGUCGACGGUGAUGGCGGAAUAUGCAAUAUCCAAGCUUGAAUUACUAAAAGCCAAGUUUAUGGAUGAGCUCACGGAGCCAUGGGUCCAGUGUGAUUACUGUAAUGGAUGGGUGCACCAGAUUUGCGCGCUGUUUAACGCCUGCGAGAAUGGUGACGAGAACGAAGAAGAAGUGCUGUAUAUGUGUCCACUAUGCCGUCUUCAGGAGCUCGAUGCUCUGGAAAAGAAUGCUGGGAGUAUCAUGUCUCCGAUCGUUACGUCCGUCGAGGACUUUCCGGUAAAACUGGAGCAUGGGUUUUUGCAAUUGCAUAGUCCUGCACUGAAAUGCAGACGGUAUGACUCACAUUUUACGCGAGCUCUGGAGUUUGGUGGAGAAAGCGACGGUAAGGCGUUUGGCACUUUGCCGCGACCAGAGUUAGACGCUGAGAAUGCCAGCACCUCUGCAGGGUAUAUGAGGAGCCAAAGCCUGCGGUCGUGUAAUUUGUCGCGAUUUAUGCAAAAGUGGGUACGGCAUCACCUUAAUGCGCUCGGCGAGCACGGAGCAGCAAAGUCGAUCGUUGUGAAGGUGGUAUCUUCAAUCGAGGUUUCUUGUCACGUUAGCGCAGCCGUGCGCGAAAACUUUCGGUCUGCAUUUCAAGAGUACCCAGAAACGAUUGGCUAUACGUCAAAGGUCAUCUUUGUAUUCCAGAUGAUCAGCGGCAUCGAAGUCUGCAUUUUUUCAAUGUAUGUUCAGGAGUACGAUAAGCACUGCGAACUACCUUCCAACCGCAACCGGACUUAUAUUGCGUAUUUGGAUAGCUUGGUAUACGUGCGUCCGCGGCACGUGCGGACGAGCCUGUUCCACCAGACCCUCAUCUCAUACUUGGCUUUCUGCAAAAGUAGAAGGUUUGACUACGCGCACAUCUGGGCAUGUCCAACUACGCGCGGAGGUGAUUUUAUUUAUUGGUGCCAUCCCUCUUUUCAGAAGAAUCCUGGCAAAGAGCGUCUUCUUCAGUGGUACCUGACAAUGUCCAGAAAGGCAAUGGAGCUAGGCGUCGUUUUUGCAUGCGACGAUUUGUACUCUCGUGAGUUUGAGAAGUUGGAUGAUACCCUUGACACGCAACUUCCUCCCUAUUUUGACGGUGAUUUUUGGCCGAGUGAGGCUGAGCGAAUUGCCGCAUCACCCCGAAAGAGAGGAAAAAAAGAACCUGAUGUUGCAGGCGUGUGUAGCGAAAAAUUCCGCAAGCGAGUCGGUGAACUGGUGAAGGCUGCCCGCGAGUCACUGUUUGUCAUCGUCCUGCAACCGACGUGCGCCGCUUGUAAUCAGCUAAUAGUCAACACCACUUACUGGCGAGCGGGCGCAAUAGAGACUAGAGACAUUUACUACUGCGCCAAGUGUCGAGUAGCGGCAGCCACGGCAGUAGAUGCUGCGGGGCAGGUGAUGUCACUUACUGAAGUGACCCCACCCGAUUUCGAGGAAGCAUGCAGCAAUGAUGAGACGGAGAAAGCAGAGAUUUCUUGCCAGUUUCUUGACCGCCGUCCAGAUAUGCUGAAGAAUUGUGAAGAGCGUCACUACCAGUUCGAUAGCUUCCGGCGAGCAAAGUACUCGACAAUGAUGCUUGUCUAUCAGAUCUCAUCAUCGCAGCGUGUUGCUCAAUAG